AGGCACUCACAGUGGCUUUGGAUGUUACUGUUGACAAGGGUACCAUGAGGGCACUGGACAUUAUCUGCAAAGACCCCACGAUCUAGAUAUACCUUUGGGAUACAGAAAACUGAUCUAAUCUUCGAGGUAGUCUAGUCCCACAGACCUUUAGUCACUUUCACUAUGGCUCUGUGUUUACCUACAAAGCUGUGGAGAUGGAGGCUGGGUUUGUGUUGUUCUUGGUUUUGAAGAUGAUGUUGAACUUCCUGCCAAUGGAAGAGUGUUCGCUGCCACUAAUCCUGGCCCAUUUCCAACACUGAGGGCCCCACCCCCACCCCACCCUGCUGUGAUGAUUGCUACCCAGUCACCUGCAAGACAGCCCUCAUGCUCUUCAGCAUGUUAGUCGCAAAGCCAUACUUCAUGACCAUGGUCAUCCUGCUGAUCCUGGCUGACAAGACUACAGGUGGCCUGUUCGGAUUUGGCAGUAGCAAGAGGCGAGUGCCCUGGAUUCCAUGUGAGCUUUACGGGGGCAUAUGCAGAAAUUCCUGCCAGAAAUAUGAGAUCCAAUAUUUAACCUGCCCAAAGAACAGAAAGUGCUGCCUCAAAUUCCCUGAGGGAAUGACCAGUUUCUGACUCUGUGAAGGAGUCUAACUUGCCCACCACAAAUGCUUCAAGCUACUCUCAAGUUCCAACGUCGCCAACAUUGUGCCUUCUUGUAGUAAUUUUUCCCGUGUUCUGGAAUGCUCUCCCCAUAAAAAUGCACUCCUUCUGA